GAGAACAAGAAUGUGGAUUGCGUCAUAGUAAACGCUGUUUAUAGACGUAACAUUAACAAGUUCCAUUCGGCCACUUGCAGAGACAACGACCCAAACGGAAGUGAGUAUGAGGUGAAUCUCAGGAACUUGAAGUAGAGCAGAGAUGAGAAGCAGGAAGCAACAUACUAUCAAGCUACCGAUGGGAACACAUUUGUGUCAUGUGAGUAGACAUGACAGAAACAGCUUUCCUUAAAUUAUUUGUGGCAAUAGUGAUCACCUUCAUUUUAGUCCUGCCAGAAUUUUUCAAGACACCAAAAGAAAGAACCCGUGAGCUCUCCUGUCUGGAAGUGUGUUUCCUGCCUAAUUUCACCUCUCCGCUUUCUUCUUUCAAUUUUUCUUCUGUGGCUUUUCUGCAACCGGCAGAGGAAAUACAGACUAUUAUGGGAAUCUCUCCAAAUCACUCCAGUUUCCAAAGCUUCGCUGAGAUUUGCCGAGGCAUCACAAGUAGAUUGCCGAUGUGUUCCUUGUGUUUGGUUUGUGAAUCCAAAGGAGAUGUGGAUUUCACUUCUCAGGAACAAACAUCAAAAGGUCUUGUCAUGAGGGGAUCAAUGGAAGUGACGGCAAGUGAUUUGUCCUCACCCUGUCAGUAUUUUAACAUCACCGCCGCUCUUAUAGCUGACCCUGUGAAGGAAGACAACACUACCUGCACUCCCGAAACCCGUCCUGGAAAAGCCUCAGCUGUCGAUGAAGAUCUGGCCAGGAAAAAGUCUCUCAACCACACUUGUAGAUUUAUGAAAAGUACGAACAAUUGUGCUCACAUUUUCUUGCGCCUAGAAACGGAUGUAAAACCUGUCACUUGUUCCAUGAAGAUCACUUGGUACAUUUUAGUGCUAUUAGUUUUUAUGCUAAGCAUCAUCUUUAUUAUCCACAAAAUACUUGAAGACCACAGGAAAGUGCGGAGAUGGCAGAGUCAUAAGUACAAAUCUACAUCUGGUCUCUUAAGAGGAGGUGGCUCUGUGAAGCUGAGCACUUUGAGCAUGAGGGUUAUUCCAGAGUCCACUCAAAGGUUACCCUUAGUGCGGGUCAUGGAAGAGCUCCCCCCAAUACCAGAGCUUGAAGUCGCUUCUGCUGCGCACCAGCAAGAUCAAUAUACACCGUGAGUGAUGCUCAACUCUAUUGACUAUUCGACUUGUGCAUUAGAAACCUGGAUGGAAUCGGAGGUCUCCGGUUGACCCUCAUCAACGUUUCUGUUUGGGUGGAGAACACAGACGUGAUAAACUUGAGAAGCCAGCCCAUUGGAAUUGGGUGACAAGAGCUAAAGAGCCUAUUUUCUCCAAGAUUUAGGAAGGAUCAGCAGACUAAUCUCUCAGUCUGUUAGACUAAUCUCUCGGUCUGUUCAGCUGUCCCUGAAAUGUCAGCUCAUCCCUUGGCAUCCCUUGUCUUGGAGUUGAGCUGUAAGUCAGUCAGAGCAGGAGAAAAGGGAGCAUGGGAUUUGUUCAGUUGAGCCCGUCUACCUGGUCACUGAAGUAAAACUAUAAAUUUAGCAUCGAAUAGUCUAGACGAAUGUGCCUCGACUUGAUAUAUUCUAAUCUAAAAGGAUGCUCAGGAGUGCCUUAGAGAUGCUUCUCACUCACUCAGCAAAUAUGUGGUCAGAGACUGCAAUGCCAUACAGUCAUGUACGGUAUAUAAAGAUGGUAACAGGAAAGAAGAGGGAAAGAAGCUCUCUCUGGAGACCUCCCGUUGAGCACUAUCAUGGCUGGCUAUGUCACAAAUUCAUAGUACUUGAGAUAUUAUCAGUCCAGGUUCUAGCCGGAAACCGGUAUUUUAUUCAAAUUGCAUCAAGGAGUCAAAAAUGUUGAGUCAAGAAGAGUUUGAUAAAAGGGUCAAUUAAUAUGGAAACUCUGGAGGAGGAGAAUAUAUUUGUGUGGGAAGAAUUGUCUGAUAAGAAGUUUGACCUCAAAGGCUACCAUAGCCUUUGGAUGCCCUGAAGAGAGAAAAAAAUGAAAGCUCUGGUUUUCCCUUUCUCAGCUGUGCCAGUGUUCUCCACUGGUCAGGGCCAUCCAGGGAUAGAUACGCUAAGCCAAGCUGAGGUGGCUUGUGUAGCCUCGGCAAGGCAGGAAGCGGGUGGAAGGAAUCAGAGAGCAGAUUUGGAGAUUUAGUUGAGGAUCCUGCCCAAAUGGUCAAUAUGCAAAAUGGAAACCUAGUGACGUGGAUCCAUUUGUGUUCCAGAAGAAAGUUGGGGGCAGGUGGGGCGGUGUUAGUGCUGUCAGGGCUUGCUGUUGGCUAGAAAUGUCUAGGUUUGAUUAAUAAGUGUGCCAAGGAAAUAUUCCUGAGCUCUAGGUCUGAUACCUCCCAAGCUGGUCCUCACACAGGGACUGUUCAAGCUCACAGAUAAACAUGCUCUGAUUUGAUCAUUCAACCCAAACAUGGGCUUUGUGUCAAGAACUCUACUCGCUGACACAAGUAACAAGGGAGUUAGCGGGGAGGUUAGAGUAGAGAAACUACAUGUUUGUAAAGUAACGAAUGUAACCUAGCAGGGUCUAGAAGCACUUACGAUGGAGACAGAAGUCAUAAGACAAGAUGCCUAGUGUUUGCUAGAUCCCUAAUAAACAGAGGAAAUGGAAGAAUCAUUCCACUGCUGUCCUACUGUUACUGUGGGCUGUCAUAACAGAGAGAGGCCUGAACCAACUCUUACAUUUCCAUUGAAAAGAAGACAAAAGUCCUGUGGUGGAGGAGGCAAGGGGAACUCUAGGUUUCUUUUGUCCCGUGCUUGCAAGUCUCUCAUUGUUUCAAUGCUGUCCUUGAAGGGAUAGAGAAGGGGCAUUGUAUAGCACAGUGGUGGAUAGAAGACCUAAUCACUGACAGAGGGAUAUUAUAAGAAUCAGCAUUUGAAAUGAAUGGUUUGACAUUAUUCUCCACUCAUUCUAAUUUAGACAACACUUUAAAAACUAUUUCGGUAAAUUAUAUUUGAUUUCAUUUAAAAACAAACUUUCAGGCUAUUCUUGGACAAUCUGGACUGAAGACUCUGAGGAGUAAUGAGAAUUUUAUUUUGGGACUGAGUGGGCUGAUAAAUGCUUAGAUCCAACUGAGGAAGUACUGAUAGGUGAAUGGCGGGGCUAAGACCCUGGCUGAGGUGAAGGAACUGGAGAGCGUCUAUCUGACCCACGAGAUCAAGGGAACAAGAGCAUGUCGAGAGCUGCUGUGAGCCGUGGAAGACAAGCCCAUGAGAGAGGAAGAGGGUGCUCACCUUUACCACCCAUCAUCAUCUUGCGUAGCAUGGACAUGAGGUCUUCAUUCUGAGGAGCCAAUGACCAUGGAUGAAAAUCCCCUCUCAUUGGGUCAUGUUCCAGGUGCAGGAUAGUCUUUCCUACACAGACGAUGGGUUUGUAUUUGGCAAGUUACUUAAGAGGGCCUGAGUAUUUAUUCAUACAUUUAUUUGCAUUUAUACCUCUUACCUCUUUUUGGCAUAAGACUGUUUUUAUUAAAAAAAACAAAAAACCUUUCAAGGAUAUUGAAAUAAAAAUAAUUGAAAUG